ACCAAACACUGGCUCUAGAAAGGGCCUUCCAUGUUUUUUGCGAGUUUCACGGCCACAGUAGGUUCUCCUACAAGCUUCAAAGGGGAGAGGAGGGAGUAUUGUGUUGUUUGCAAUCUGCAUCCUCACUGCUAGAUGCCACUAAAUACUAAACACUGGUCCUUUAAAAAUGGUCAGUAACAGAAAGCUAGUAUAGUGGCUAUUUACUAGUAGUAUAACUGUGAAUUAAUUAUUAAUCAGUUUUUUGUUUGUUUUGGGUUUUUUUUUUUUAUUUACUUAAAUCGCAGUUAAACCAGCUACUUGCUCAGUCGGUCGUUGGUCUGCUACCUUAACAAUCUGACGAUUAAAGUCUCCUUGUCGAGAUUUAAACAACCUUGAAACAAUUAUCGACCAUGUCCCAGACUAUCCCUCCGAUCCUCUCCGUCCUCCCCACUCGGGCUCUGGUCGAUGAGAAGUUCAAGGUGUUGGUGGAGAAUCUGCCUGCAGGAUCUCCAGUAACUGUUCACGCCCUCCACCACUCAGAGGACAAGGACUACUGGGAGGCCUACGCCCACUACAUCAGUGACCACAAAGGAACAGUGUCUGUUGCAGAGGAUUUGAGUUUUGGCGGGACAUACACAGGAAUAGAGCCCAUGGGUUUGUUGUGGAGUAUGUGUCUUGUACCAGGCAGUCAAAAAGGCCUCAGGUUGAGAAAGAUGGACGUCCACAGCCCCAUGCUGGUCAACAUCUCGGUCUACAGUGGACACAUAGCUGAGGGCUUCAGGGAGCAGCCUCCUCUAGCCUCAGCGCUCACUGAGAGAUGGUACAUGGCUCCAGGGGUCCGGAGGAUUGAUAUCAGGGAGAAAGGAGUGCGAGGGACUCUCUUUAUACCUCCAGGUCCAGGACCCUUCCCUGGGCUGAUGGAUAUGUGGGGAGGAAGUGGAGGGCUGAUGGAGUAUCGUUCGGCCUUGCUGGCGUCCCAUGGUUAUGUAUCUUUGGCGCUGCAGUAUUUCUCCCCCGGUGAGCUGAAGUCAGCAGAGCUAGAGUUCAAAUAUUUUGAGGCGGCAUUUAAUAUUGUCAAGGAUCAUCCUCAAGUGAUCCCAGGCAGAGUUGGAAUUUUUGGUCUUUCCAUUGGCGCGAUUGUGACCAUGUAUUUGGCAGCUGAGAGCACCAUUAUCAAGCCUCGAUGUUGUGUUUGUGUCAGUGGCAGCCACUGUUUUCCACGUGGGGAAAACCUCACCAUAUUUGAUAAAACUUUGAUCAGGAAUUUUCACAAGGUACGUGUGGAUGAGAACGGCUAUCAGAUAUGGCGAGAUUUAAUUCUACCAAUUACCAGUGACCUCUCAAGGAAAGUGGACGUGAGAAACAUAACCUGUCCAAUGUUGUUGGUCAAUGGUCUUGAUGAUCAGAACAUAGCUACAGUGGAGUCUGCUGAGGAUAUCACCCAGAUGAUGCAUGCAGCAGGGAACGAUCACCUGCUGACCAGAGUGCAUUACCCUGACACUGGACAUCUGAUUGAGCCGCCCUACUCGCCUCACUUCAGAGCUACUAAGUAUUUAGUGGACACCACAAAAGCCAAAGAUGAAAUGCAUCAGAAACACGUGAGACUGUAAAAGUGGAAUUUCAGCCAGGAAAUGUAGCUGCAAGCAUGCAAGAAAUAUCAGGGUGGCGGCUCACCAUCGUCCCUGUGUAGGCAGAUCACUCCAUCUUUAGGGGUCCCUGAGUGAUCAUUUGUUGGCAAGUAGCUCAGAAUGUGAUCAGAACAUGAGUCAAUGAAGAUUUAUGAAAGUGAAAUUCAUGGAGCAGAGGAUUGUAGCCUUUCCAAAAUUAGAGCUGUACUGUUGGAGCAGCUGUUAACAGCACAGAGCAGAAAGGACGUCAUGCCAUCUGGUGAAA